AGCCGUGAGCCGCAGCUGCGGGCCCGAUCGCGAUGGGGCCGGAUUUGGCAGCCCUGUUUGGAGAGGAUGUUGAGCCGGAAGAGGUCCAGGUGCACCCCGCGCUCCUCUCGGCGGUGAGCGCCUUGCUGGGUGAGGCCUGGCCCGUGGCGCGGGCGGAGCUGCUGGGGGAGGCGACCCAGGAGGCCAAGGACAAGGAGCCCCGGCUGCCUCUGCCGCCGCGCCUGGCGCGGGACAUGGACGACGCGCUGGGCGCCCUGGAGCGGCGCGCCUGGGCAGAGUGCGCGGCGCAGGCGGAGAAGAUCAAGUCGGAGGCCUGGGCGGCGCUGAUGCGGGACAAGACUUGGCAGAGACCCUGCGACAAGGAGCUCUUCAUCUUGGUGCAGCUCCUCCUGGCCUUGUGCGCCCACGCCUCUGCCUCGCCGGCAGACGCCAUGCGCCACGUGGACGAAGCCUUCGUGUUCGCGGCCGCAGGCCCCUUUCGCUCCUGCGCGCUGCUCUUCGUACGGCUCCUGGACGAGGACGCAGCUGCGGCAAGGCGGAAAGAGGAUCCGGUGGAGGGCUCCUUCCCAGCUGAAACCCCCGCGGGCUCCACGUCCGGGGCGCUGGAGCGCCUGCCCGCGCCAAGCCCGCAGGAGCUGGGGCAGCUGCUGAGUCAGAGGCGGCCCUUCCGCUUUGGAGGGGCUCUGGAGGCCUGGCCCGCGCGGAAGUGGACGCUGCAGCACCUGGACCAGGUGGCGGGCCACCGCCUGGUGCCCACAGAGCUGGGCCGCGCGGAUUCGGAGUCGGGGGAGCUCCGGGAGGAGCUGAUGCCCUUGGGGCGCUUUCUCCGGGACCACUUGGCUCCCAGCUGCAGAGGGGUCACAGGGGCCACGACUUCCACGGCGUACCUGGCCCAACACGAGCUCUUCGAGCAGUGCCCUGUGCUGCGGGCGGACGUGCCGGUGCCGAGCUGCUGGCAGCAGGUGCUGGGUGCGCCCAGCCGCUGCAACGCCUGGGUUGGCACCUCCUCCACAGUGACGCCCUGCCAUUGGGACUCCUACGACAACUUCCUGGCGCAGGUGCAAGGCUUCAAGCGAGUGGCGUUGCUGGCGCCGGAGCAGCGGUCGAAGCUGUACGUGGAGGAGUCCGUGGGGCGCACGGCCGCCCAGGGCAACCUGAGCCCGGUGAACGUAGAGGAUCCGGACCUGGAGAAGUACCCCAACUUUGCCGGAGCCGCCGCUGGCGGCAGGGAGUGGUUGGGUUUUUCGGCAUUUCAAGAAGUUUCGGCGCGCACACCCUUUCCAAGGCCUCUGCAAGCCAUGCUUGGUGGGAGGGAUCGAUUUCCUCUUGAGGCAAUACGGCGUCCGUCACAUUGCUUUGCUUCCAGCCGCCUGGACCGGUUUUGGGAAAAGCAUGGCUUGAGGCUUCAGGCUGCCACUCUCUUUGAUUCGGGCAGCCCUUUCAUCCCUCAAAUGUUUGAGUGAAAAGGCCUGCUUUUCACCCACUGGACCUGGAGAGGAUGGCCGUUCACAAGACGUGUUUCCCAACCCCGGCCCCCGGCUUCUCAACCAAACUAUCCGCGCCAGCCAAACCAACCAGCGAACCAACUAACCCACCAACCAAGCAGCCAACGAACC